AUGGCGGCUAUUCAGGCGAGGGUUGCGGCAAGAAGCGAGAUACAGAGACGACGGCUGGCUGUAGGAGCAGGAGAUGAGAGGAGACGAGAGGGUCGGCGGGAAAGGCUGCAGGACGAGACACAGGGCGUGUUGAAUAACGAAAUCCUCCGAUGGCUGGUCCCCAGUUGCUUGGCUCUGGUGAGACGAAACGAACAAGACCAGACGCUGCCGUUGAAAUGGCUUCGCUUUCCCGAUCCAGGUGCAAUCCGUGGAGUACAGGCAGAUGCUGAUAUGAAUGUCUUGGUGGUGAAUGCCGCGCGGUUGGGAGUUGUGCGAGUUGUCUCAUGA